GACAGACAGACAAACAGGCACUUUGGGUAGGAUAUACCGCAUCUGAGGAGUCCCACUUUUUGUGCGAGUCAAACAGAGUCCCGAGCAGGAUGGUGCUGAUCCUCUGACAUGCUCACCAGCUGAAGACAUACAUAUACACAAUGUGGCUCAGGUUGAACUCCUGGAACAAGUGCGUGUCCUAAAUGUGUUCAACAGCCAACUACGUGCUCCCACCAAGCAGAACCUGUGAGGUAUUAGCCUGUCCCUCGAGCAGGGUGUGCUGGGGAGUGCCUGCGAAUCACCUCGGGGGUAGAUCUCAUGGAGCUCAACACUCAGACAUGGACGCAGCCUGGCAAGAACUGAUGGCCAUAACAGAACUGCAGGGUUUAGAAACAUGUGGUGAAAACUCCUAUGAAACAAAACAAUACCAAAGCAUUGAGCCAGUGGCUUCUCUGGGCAUGUACGAGGCCGCCCACUGCCACCCUGAGCCCGCCCCUGCUGCGUUUGAUGUGGGCACAAUGGAUGAAUACGAUGGUGGCUACUCUGAAGAAGCCGCUGGCUGUCACAGACAAGGUACCAAUGCAGCGUCUCUCUACGAGCAUUCAGGACCACAACUCAACCAAAGAAUGGUGUCCAUCUCAUCAGAUGCCCACCAAUCGACUGCGGUUCUCACAGGGCAGAUGAGCUCACCCGGUACCAGUCAAGGUGACGGUAGGCCCAACAGCAGUCUUCCUCGGGGUGCUGGGCCUCACAUGAUGUGGACAGUGCACGGCCCUAGUUCAUUUGCUCAUUCCGCUGACGACCUAGAGUCCGACUCUGGCCUCUCGCUGGGCUCCAGUCCACCAUUGGCCUCACCGGGAAACUUGGCCGCUGGCGUACCAGGUUACAGGAGUGUGGACAUGUCCGUUGCAUGCAGUGAUGGGGAACCAGAGGGCAUGGUGGAACACAGAAGAGCUCACAACUACCAGACAGAAUACCAGAGUCAGUCCGACUCUUAUCUGCAAAGAGGAGCACAACCUUCUUAUUUCACAACCCAACACCACUUGAGCCAUUCACAUUUCGAUGCACCGAAUCCUCGGGCAACCACACAUCAGACUAUGGGUGAACUCUACAGCUCAGCAUUUUCCAGCAGAGGGAGCUGGCUAAACAGCACGCAUUCAAAAUCUCAUGGAAACACCCAGGCACCAGCCAGCAGGGAUGAGAGGCGGGCCAUAGCCCUGAAGAUCCCCUUCCCAAUGGAAAAGAUCAUCAAUCUGCCAGUGGAUGACUUCAACGAGCUCCUCACGCAGCACACCUUGACUGAUGCCCAACUGGCACUGAUUAAGGACAUCAGGCGUCGGGGCAAGAACAAGGUAGCAGCUCAAAACUGCCGCAAGCGCAAAUUGGAUAGCAUAAUUCAUCUUGAAAGGGAGUUGGGACAGCUGCAGGUUCAGAGAGAUGACCUGGUACAACAGAGAUUAGAAUUCCAGCACAGCUUGACAUACAUCAAGUGCCACCUCACUAAACUCUAUGCAGAGGUGUUCUCUCAUCUGAGAGAUGAAACUGGACAACCGUAUUCAAUAGAUGAGUACUACUUGCAACAGAUGGCGGAUGGUCAAACGUAUCUAGUGCCACACACAAUGAUGCACAAGAAAGAAUGCUGAAAUGUGACCAAGUGAUACAAAAAUUGUUUGUGUUACCUAUGGAGCUUUACCAUUCAACCCAUUUCAUAUUUUAUAAGUAAAAACACCAUCACUUUAUGAAAAUAAAAUUUAUUUGUAAAGAAGGAAAACACUGGUCUCUUAAAAAAUAAAUAAAUAAAAGUUGCAGUCAUUCUCUCGAGUCCUGCAAGAGAAACACCAGGUCAGAGCAUCAACGUUUGCUUCCCUUUCAAAAUUGGUGACGCACAAAUAAAAGGUCCCAAUAACUGGUGUGCAUGUGAUCCAUUUUUCACAUUAAAAAAAAACUAAUGUGCAUGCAUGCAUCUUCACCACAUACAUAUCCAAAUAAAAAACUAUUUCGCGGGAUAGUACUUUUACCUGAUUUUUUCAAUUGCCAGUUAUAUGAAGUUGGUCCGCUGAGCACAAACUGGUAUGGUAUCUGAAAUGAGAAAUGGAGUCAAAAUCCUUAAAUAUGCACUUAACAUUUAUUCCCAGCAUGCAAAUGUUGAGACAAAAUGGAAUUAGGAUGCCCAUUUACCAACAUUCUUGUGAAAAUGUGUUUAAUCAUUACUGUGCCACACAUCUGACUACCACAGCUACAUGACAAAGCAAGUUGUACUAGCAGUAGUUGAGAAGUCUGGUCUUACCUACAGGCAGCAUUUAAGCCUUUGGUAGCUGCUGCCUUGCUAGCCUCAGGCUUCUGUUCUCACUCUCCCCUGCUUCAAUGAUCCUGGCGAUGAUUGCUACUUCUCUCCCUCAGCUGGCUUCCAUGGCUAGCCUCAAAGACUGCAUGUAAGCUAGCAUCCCCAGAUGAUCUGUGUAGCAAUCUUGGGUCACGUUUUGUACACACAGUGUCCAACCCUUUUGCACGGCACCUGUCAUCCCUCAACCAGUCGAGGACUACUAGAUGGAUGCUGUCAUUCGGGUCUGCUCACAGAUGUAUGCAUCAAUUCUUACGCCAUCCCUCUGCCCAAAACCACUAAAGGAGGCUAACAAGACUUUGUAAAAAGACUGAAAGGUUGUUUAUUUCAGCUCAACUUUGAUGCAUUUACAAAUAAAACCCAGAGAUUAAGGACAAAAUAUCUACAUAAAACCCUCAUUGGAAUGCUGACUUUGCAGAAACAGAUUAAAAAAAAUAAUUACAAAAAAAAAGAAAAA